AUCUGGCAGUUUGACUGGUGGUACCAAAGAGACACAAAGAAUGCUGGAGUUCUGUGCAGCAAACAAAGUAUAUCCAGAAAUUGAACUCAUCAAUAUUCAGUACAUAAAUGAGGCAAUUGAGAGGCUUAUAAACAGAGAUGUCAAGUAUCGUUUUGUGAUUGACAUCAAGAACUCUCUCAAGUGAUGUCAAAAUAAGAUAGCUACUGCAUGGAGCUUCCCCAGAGCUUAUACAAGUCACGGUGUAUGUGUAUUCAGAAAUAUGGACUUUUAAUAAUGCUGUCUUUGUAAUUCCUCACGGACAAUCGUGUUUAAAUUUUGAACUUAUUUCUGUCAGCUUUUUCACAUAUAUAUAAAUACAUAUAUUUUUAUGCUUUUUGUC